AUGGAGGGAAGUAAAAUAAUGGCCGAAUUUGAGGCAAUUGACCUUGAUCACAAUGGUUUCAUCACUCGUCCCGAGCUGGUUGAAUAUGUGAGACGCAACCGUCUCGAUCCCGAAAUGGUGGAUGUAAGUCUCUCAGAUUUUCUGUUUUUUGUGGUUAAACACCCGUCGGCGACCACCAUGGAGGGAGAUAGAGUUAUGACGGAGUUUGAGGCAAUCGAUGUCGACCACAACGGUUUUAUUACGCGUCCCGAACUGACCAACUACGUGAAACGCAAUAAGCUCGCACCCGAUAUGGUUGAUGUAAGUCGCUUGGACGCUACAUACAUGUUUAAGACUGUUAAAACUUUGCCUUUAAACCUGAACCGUGCCUGCUGUCUGAACAUGUAUGGGGCCAUAGGAGAUGAACAAAUUCUGCACGAUUUUGAGGAGAUCGAUCAAGACCACAACGGUUUUAUUACGAAGCAGGAACUUCAGGAUUAUGUUAAGAAAAAUAAACUUCCAGAGGAUACAGUCGAAAAAUGGUUCACCUGGUUCGAUAUGGAUGGUACCGGACGUAUAACCGUCGAAGAGGUUUGUACAACCCUCGGGAUUGGAAUGAGAAAGAAAUACCAGGAGAAGGUGGAGGAGAAACGUGAGCUGAUUCGAAAGGGGGUGAUAGCUCCACCGCCAAAUACGCCACCACAGUACGGAGCGCCGCCGCCCAAACUGAUGGAGGGUGUUGACGUGCUGCACAGAGAUGAUGUGAAGUCUGAGGUGUUGGAAGAGGCCAUCAGCCUGGUGCGAAACAAUGAAGACAAGUACAAAAAGGACUCCGAGUUUGCCCACUUCCUGAAGGACGAGAUGGAGCGGCUACACGGCCGCUACUGGCACAUUAUUGUCGCCAGCUCGACAAUGGGCUGCGCUGUCGGUCACGAGGACAAACACUUUAUUCACUUCCGUUACAAGAAUCGUCUGUACAUCUUCUAUCGCACACCCGAGCCGAAUUAA